CUUGCAGUUCGUACAGAAGAUGCGGUGGGUGGAACAGUCUCGUAUCUUAGCUAGCUUUGUUUCUUCUCCGUGUUUUCCGUGAUUCCAUCUUAAAUCAAUGCGAGUCCUAUUUAGUUGCAACAUGGGAGCUCAUUCCAUCUUAAAUCAAUGCCUCGUGAUAAUCAAUCUGAACUACUACUAUUACUCGCUGCCGGGUGCACAUCAGUGGGCACAUUUAUCAUGUGUGUGAUUUGCAGUGUGCAAAGAACCUUCUAUCAUGCAGUGCUCUACCUGAUCAUUCUGGUGUCUCUGGAAUACUACAAUCUACCUGAACUGAAGAACACAACUGGAAAUAAAAUGGACCAAUCUGAUGAUGUCAAGCUUACCUUGGCUGAUGUACUGAAACAUACUACCGAGGCCAUGUGGAGCAUGAAGAUGCAGCGUUUAUCCUGCGCCGAUCAACUUGUCUUUCUCAGCAGCAGUGUGCGUUGCAAUGCCUGGAGCAUCAUACUGGCGAUGGCGACCCUGUACUGGUUGGUUCCUGACUGACUGUGAAGGGUAUUCGGUGACACAUUGACGUCUCAUGUGGUGUAGCUUUCCAUCUGGUUAUACUACCUCAAUUCUUGAUUAGCACUCGCUCUAAUUUAUUUGUACUACUUGCUGUAUUAUCCUGCUCCGACUCUAAAAAGAGCCGGUGCUCUGUCUUGGCUUUUGUUCCAUCAUAGUGGUGCGUGAAUGUUUCUGAAUUUGAUUAUGCAGACUCAUUUCACCUUGUCCUUGAGAGCUUGAUGGGAUAUGGAUGUUUAUGUCAGUGUU